AUGGCAAAACGCAUACGAUUGUGUGAUGAUGCACUUAUUCAUGAACUUUUUCAAGAAGAGUCAUCAGAUGAGGAUGAUUUCGUGGAAAAUGAUAGUGAUGAUGGCGAAGAAGAUAUUGUGGAGGAGGAGAUCCACGAUUCCGAUGCAGAAGAAGCAGUUCAACAGCCUGAUGAGGAGAGUUUGGACAUUGAUGAAGACGACGGUGACGAUGUUCCUCUUGCAAAUGUGUACUUGGUGAGAGAUAAGGAUAGGAAUGUUAUGAAAUGGGCGAAAAGUCCCCCACUACCAAGAAAUGUGCGCACCAGGGCAGAAAACAUAAUUGUAAGACUUCCUGGAACUAAAGGAGAGGCUAGGGAAAAAUUUUCUGAAAUUGAAUGUUUCAAUUUGUUCAUGGAUGAUAAAUUGAUCCGACUUAUAGUGACUUCAACGAACAUCUAUAUUAACUUGAUCAGGGAGAAAUUUCAAAGGGAUAGAGAUGCAAGAAUGACUGAUGAUGUAGAAAUCCGUGCUUUUCUUGGAAUUCUGUUUAUUUCUGGGGCAUUAGGAAGUAGCAGGAAGAAAACCAAGUUCAUUUGGGAUAACAGUAAAGGGUCAGGAGUUGAAUGCUGCUAUCUUGCCAUGAGUGAAAAAAGAUUUCAUUUUCUUAUGCGUUGUCUGCGGUUUGAUGACUACAGAGAUCGUCAGCAACGGAGGGAAAUCGACAGGUUAGCCCCAAUAAGAGAGCUGUUUGAACUAAUCAUUCAAAAUUUUCAAACUUUUUUCACACCAAGCGAAUUUUGUACAGUUGAUGAACAAUUGAUUGCGUUUCGAGGAAAAUGCCCAUUUCGUAUGUAUAUGCCAAAAAAACCUGCCAGAUAUGGUAUAAAAGUGUAUGCCCUUGUGUGUGCAAAAACAAUGUACACCGUAAACUUGGAAAUUUAUGCUGGGACUCAGCCCAAUGGUCCAUACAAAACAUCAAACUCUUCCGAGGACGUGACAAUGAGAAUGGUGGAACCAAUCUCAAGUACUAAUAGAAAUGUGACCAUCGACAACUGGUUUACAUCGGUAUCAUUGGCUGAGAAAUUAUUGAAAGAGAAGAAACUGACGGUUGUUGGCACUAUAAAAUCCAGACGUGUUGGUGUCCCUCAUGAAUUGCGGCCUUGUAGAGAUCGACAAAUUAAUUCUUCUCUGUUUGCAUUCCAUAAGAAGAAGACGCUUGUUUCAUACUGUCCUAAACCCAACAAAGCUGUGAUACUCUUAUCAACAAUGCAUGACGACGAUAAAAUUGACGACGAGACUGGACCAAAACAAAAACCAGAAAUUAUUACAUUUUACAAUAAAACCAAAAUUGGUGUGGAUGUUGUUGAUCAAAUGUGUGCGAAGUACAAUGUUGCAAGGAACACUAGGAGAUGGCCUAUGGUGAUAUUUUUUGAUCUCAUGAACAUUUCUUCAAUAAAUGCACUUUGUGUGUACAAGUUCAAUCAACGGACAGCAAAAAAAUUGUCAAGAACUGAGUUCAUUCAAAAGGUUGCCUGGGAACUCAUCAAGCCACAAAUUGAAAGGAGGUGUCAAAUCGAUGGUCUUCCAGUCCAACUGAAGAAGAGAGGGAAGGAGCUUCUAGGGAUAAUACCAGAUGGGCCUCAACAAAGACAGAACAAUGCCAUUGGUCGCUGUCAUUUGUGUCCAAGACAAAAGGAUCGAAAAUCAAGAAAAAAUUGUGACAAGUGUGCUCUCAAGGUAUGUGCUGAACAUUCAUUUACUGUUUGUAGGGAUUGCUUCUAG